AUGACAGCGUCGGCGCCCAGAAGAACUCUCACGGCGACGGAGGCGGCGGAGCUGUUGGCCUCCGUGCGGUACGUUCUCCUCGACCUGGAUGGCGUGGUGUGGACCGGGCAGCACGUUGUGCCGAAUAUUCCGCAAACCCUGGCCUACCUCCGCUCGUGCGGAAAGCAGAUUCGCUUCCUCACUAAUAACGCCAGCGUCUCUCGUGCCGGCGUCGUGCGGAACUUUCAGAAGCGCGGCAUCGAAGGCGUGCGGGAGCACGAGGUGUACAACAGCGGCUUUGCCGCUGCGCUGCGGCUGCAAAGCAUGAUGGCCGCAGAGAAGAGCACCGGGCCGGAAAGGCCGCUGGUGGAGAGAAACGUCUUUGUUAUUGGCGAGGACGGGCUCCACGAGGAGAUGCGGCGGGUCUUGGCCCCGGGGUACGUCACCUACGGACUCGAGCUGCACGACGCAGAAAAGUGUGGCGGCUACGACGCCAACGUUGUGGCGACCGCGUGGCGGCAGCGCGUUCUCCCGGCGCCGCUCCAGCCUUCUUCCUGUGGGGGCGCAGCGGCAGGCGAUGGUGCCGAGCGCAUCUCGCUCACCGAUCUCUCGCCCGCCGCGGUGGUGGUGGGGCUUGAUCUGCAUUUUAACAUGCUCAAGCUUGCCUGCGCCUCUCUCUGCCUACAGGGGCGGCCUGCGGCACAGCCAGCGGGUGCCGCCCCAACCGCCCCUGCGUAUUUCAUUGCCACAAACGAAGAUCCUCAGAUUCCCAUUGGGGAGGACGGCACUCUAGUCCCAGGCGCUGGUGGGAUGGUGAGUGCCCUGCGCAUCGUCUCCGGGCGCUCCCCUGACGCGGUCUGUGGCAAGCCGUACGUGGACAUGGCGAAGAUCCUCUUCGAAGCGGAGGGAAUCACGGACCCGCAGCAGUGCCUGAUGGUCGGGGACAGGCUGACGACGGAUGUGGCCUUUGGGAACGCGGCCGGCUGCAAGACGAUGCUUGUGCUGAGCGGAGCGGAGAAGAUGGACGACGUCAGGGAGGCGGAGCGGGGCGGUCACGUGUCGCUUUUGCCUGACUUUAUCGCGCCGUCCCUCUCCAUCUUUUUUGCCUCCCGCGUAGGCGCACGACUGGGUUGA